AUGUCUCCGGCUGUAGAUAUCUUCGCUUGUGGUCUCCUUGCUUAUUACAUUCUCUCUGGUGGUGGGCAUGCCUUUGAUGAACCUCCUUGCCAAACAUCUGUGCCUAAUCAUGCUGAGACUGACUUUAAUCAGAGUUCCAUGACGCUCUCAACUACAAACACCAAUGAGGACGAAUCUCAUGCCAGGAACAAUGACCUCUACCGACACUUUGCAACAGAAGCUUCACUUUGUCGUUUGUCCGUAGGCCUGCAACACCAUCGUCGGCAGGCUGCGAUUGCCGAUGGCCAUCUCCCCUCCCUUACUUUACUGCCGGACAUGCAGUUGGCCACUACAGCGCCACUGUCAGUUGACUAUAAAGGUAGGCCAGAAGUAUGGCACUUGUAA